CACCGCUUUCACAGCUCAACAACUUAUUUCCUACAUGUAUGCCUGGGUCAGGAGAUUUUAUGCGGUUUUUGACUUGUCAUACGAAAUCGUUCAGUCUUUUAAUAUGGAGGUCCUACUGUCAACAUGUCGUACCUGGUAUUCAAGGAUAUAACGCAGGCUUCAACCCAACCAAAAGAGCUUUAGAUAGAGCAGACAAAGAAUUUGAUUUGAUUGGCCCUAAAGCCUCUUUCCAAGGGUCUGCUCUCAAACUGGAGGACGCUCCUAGACUUAAGUUACCCGAGCAGGUUGCAUUUAUUGGAAGAACAAGUGUUGGUAAAUCAUCUCUUAUAAAUGCAAUCUUAAACAGGAACAAGCUUGUGAGGACAUCAAAAAAGCCAGGACAUACGAGGCUUAUCAACUUUUUCAACAUCAAUUCUAAAAUGUACCUGGUGGAUCUUCCUGGCUAUGGUCAUGUGGAGGGUCUUGGAAGCAAGCGGGGAACUGAGCACUUUGUCAAAGUUGCAGAGACAUACCUGAAAGAACGAGCUGGAAAAGAGUUGAGGAGUGUUUGUCUUCUGAUUGAUGGAAAAGUUGGAGUGAAGAAAAACGAUCUCAUUGCGUUUGAAAUGAUGGGAGAAUUUGGUGGUCCUUUUCAAGUGAUUUUGACAAAAAUGGACAAACUUCCAAAGCCAAGACACCAGGAAGUAAUUGAAGCAGUCUACAAAAUCAAAGAACAGUUUUCACUAGACAAUUGUUUUCCCCAUGUUUUUGCUGUAAGUUCCACAGAGAAGACAGGAUUGUCAGAAUUGAGAUAUUUCAUCAGUCUAAACGUGGGAAUAAAAAACAGCGAAAAAUGGUAAACGAAACUGAUCGAGGACUGUCAGAUGUACUCGCCAGAGGAGCAAUCUUCUAGUCGUGAAGUUGUUGUAUUGCAAAAGUUCGUCAUCCAUAAAGAUAUAAUAAAAUAAGGCUUAAUGGGGGCUAAGACAGAACAACCACAUUGGUCCUUGAGUUCCAAGGACGAGAAAUAAAAAAGGGACCAAAGGACUGAAAUAUUUAUACUCGUGUGGAUGAAUAACUUGCGGAUGAAUGUGGUGUAUUCUUCAAAGGGGCAUCCCGUUAACUAAAGUGUAGCUUGCAGAACAGGCGCCAUUUUUUGGGGGGCGUUUUUUCAGGCAAGUGGAAGCGAGCGCGAGCCAAGUGUCUCGCUACCCGCGCACAUGCUGGCCUCGUCUCGCCUGAUAAACGCCAAAACACGGCGCCCAUUUUGGAUGCUGACCGAAAUGGGCUUACAAAGUGACAAUAGAUUUAGACACCAAAAAUUGGUUUAUAAUUUUAUCAUAAAAAAUGAAAAAGCACUGCGCGAAUGGUUCUCCUAAAGGCCUCGGAAAAUUAUAUUAUCGGUAAGAAUGAUCGAUUCUCAUUACACACAACUCAUACAAAACAUACUUUAAUCAGCAUUCAUCAACGAUCGCGCUCAUUUUUUACAAAUAUAACUUUUUUGUAUUCUGCGAGUGGUAAAAGCCGUUUAAUUAUAACACAUGCAGAUCGUAUAAAAACAAACCCAGGUAAGUCCCCAAGUUAAUGUCAUUCGUCGAUCCAAAAGAACGAAAAACAACAUGUUAGGAUAAUAAAGGACUGUGACCAUUGAAAACGCUAAGAGUAUAGUAACACGAGAGAGACGUAACGUAAUGAUGAAAACGUAUGGUAAAAGAGCUUUAAAUC